AUGCUCACACCCAGAGCGAUCGGCGAGAUCGCCGCCCCCUUGAUCAAGCGGCACCUCGAUGGUGAUGGCGACGAAGCUCCCGUCCCGUUCCCCGAGUUCCCAAAAUGGCUCUGGGCUCUCUUCGGCGUCGACUUUCUCAUCUUCCUGCCCAUCGCCCUCUUUAUUGGUUACACCGUGGGCAACGUCUACCCCGUCCUCGCCAGCGUCGAAGAUGAGAACGCUCCACCCGCCUACCAACCUCUCUCCCUCGACGACCCAGCCCCCGGCGCAAACGCCGACGUCGAAGCCUCUGCCGCCCCCAACAACGGCACCAAGUCCGAGUCCGAAUUCCCCGUAACCUCCAGCCUCCGCCGCACCUACGCCUUCCUCAAGUCCACGGGCGGCUGGCGCGCCUCCUUCCGCGGAUUCUUCUGCUACAUCGUCUACGUCUUCGCGGGCUCCUUCGUCUCCGAGAUCUUCUCGGGAAUCCUGGGCAAGUCCCUCAAGCCCCUCGGCUUCCUCCUCUCCCAGCUCGCCCUCGUCCAGCUCAACACCGCCUGGAUCCACAUCGUCCUGACGCCCUCGAGCCCUCUGAGGUGGUGGAAGCGGCUCCCUCCCUUCGGCACCACCUUCCGCGCCGUCGCCUCCCCGACUCUCCUUCAUACCGCCGCCGCCCUGAUCUCCAUCUUCGUCCCCGCCCUGAUCGGCUUCCUUGCUGGCAUUCCUUAUCCGAUCUCGCCCUUCUCACCCGCCACCCCCACCGACGGCAAGGGCGCUGCUCUUUGCGUCGUCCUCGUCCUUCUCACUUUUAUCCUCCAGCUCGUUCUCGUACUUCCUACCCUCGUCAUCCUCGUUCGCAUCCAGGCUAGCCUUCUGCCCCCCGAGCAGGACACCAUCAUCCCCUUCGACCGCUCCUUCGGCGGCCGCAUCGAGCCCGCCGUCAUUGGCGGCAAGCCCUUCGCUUCCGUCCGCGAUGCUUGGGCUACGCUGUCGCGCGCCACCAUCAAGCGCGUCGCUAUCCUCUUCGUCAAGAUCUUUGGCGUGAACAUUGCGUUUUGGCUCGCUGUUGCGGCGUUUGUCGUGCCGCAGCUGUUCUUGGGCUGGCACUUCUCCAAGACCCCUAGCAACAAUGGCUUGUAA